GCAUUUUUUUUAAUACGAUCGGCAAACGAUGGGACUCAAGCGUGGCUUUACCGUUUCCUUGCUAAAUAAGCAUUUAAAAAUUCUCUGAAAUAAACAAACGAAAUAACGGAUCAAUAUCCCAAAGUUGAAAAGCUCCAGGUUUGCAAAAUUGUCGGCAUUUAAUAUUACAAAGUUAGUUGUUUGACAAUAGAUUGGCCGACAAAUUUUGUUUCCGCGAAAAUGUGUACACAUUUUCAAGUCUAGCAAACGCAUUUGGUGUCUGGUGAUAUAUUGUUAGAACUGCGAAAUAAAUCGUUGAAGCGCUCAAAUAGGUUAUUUUACAGGCUUAGGACAAGCUUAGCAAAUAGAUUGCCACCACUUAUCGCCAAAAAGACAUUAAAAGUGUGCUCAGCAUCCGAGUUUUAAAACCUGGCAUGUCGCCAACAUAAAAGUAUUCGAGGGAAAUGGACGUUUUAAAUCUUUUCAUUGAAUAUGCAUAUCAUCGUAAAUGGAUAUAAGUCACACGCCCUGCGAAUUGGCCGAAUAUAAACCGCACGAUUAAAUCGAAGUGUCAACAGAAUUCCUUUGGACAAGACACAACGUUUCAUACCUACAUGUACAUGCAUUUCUAGAUUGAACUCGCAUAAAUAAUAAUACCGAUGUUGUUGUUUUGAAAAAAUGUAGCCAAAAACUAAUGGUAGCACAAAAAGUACGGCAGUAACACAUUGAUAAACUUUUUCAGUCACUCGUUAAGUAAGCACCCGUUUCGCUGCGCUCCGCUCGUGCCAACUGAGACUCGUGACUAAAAUGGCGUUUAUCAAAUUUGUUGCAUAAUAUACCAUUAACACUCUGUAGCUCAUUGAUAAGCGAUAUUUUACUAAAGCAUAAUUGUCUCAAACACUAUGUUCACCAGUUUUAUUUAGUAUGCUUUUUGGAGCAUUUAUUGCGGAUCACCCUUAUAUAGAUAGAAAUGGCUAAAAAACAUUCUGAAUAUACAAAACCUCUAUAAUCAAAAUUACUAACUAAAUUUGUUAAAGUUAUCUACUUGGUAAUUUAGAAAUUAUACUCUUUGAAAAUAUUAACCGGUAACAAAUAUUCUCAAAAGUUUUUCUGUAUAAUGUACAACGCUUUCUUGCUUUGAUAAACUUCUUAUGCUUUACUGUCCUAUAAAACAAAUAAUAAGAAAACACCUAUUUAUGAGAAGUAGCAAGAUAUAUGCAAAGUAAGCAAAAAAGAAAUAUAGAGGUAACGUUUUGAAAGCAGAAUCAAUCAUGAUGCUUAUAUAUUCUAAGUAAAGUUCGCGUAAAAGUUGCCGGUGCAUUAAAAAGUUCCUCUUUAUUCCACACGGAGCCCAUUAGGUAUCUCCUAAAAGACAAGUUGCAUAUUCCAAAAAAGUAGAAAUAUUUUCUCGUCGCCUAGUUUAUCAAACCUUACGAAAAAUGAUGGAAGAAUUUCAUUAAAGUUCGGUCUCGGCUUUAAACUCGUUUUGUUGGUUUUGGUAUGACGCCUCGUCGGUGUUCCAUUUUACUUCGGAAAGUAGAUUUAAAAUUGCAAUUUAUUUUUAUUAGGCGGAUAUUAAUAUUAUUGUUUUACGACCCUACAGUGAAUAUAGAUUUUCUCCGCCUGGGCAAUAAACUACAGGCACUUGCGAUCCAAAAUUCUCGAUUUUGAACCCCCGAUCAGAGUAAGUUGGGGGUAAGAAGAAAUAAAAUCUAAAACAUCCUCUAAAUAUUUAAUUCAUUCCACAGAUUAAAUUAACUUAAAGCUUCAGGAAAUUAAAAUUUAAUCUUAUCUGCUGAGUGAAUAAAAAAAGAAAAAUUUAACUCAUACCUAUACAAGGUGGGCCAACUAAGAUAUUCAUAGCACUGCCAGCCCUCACAGUAAUACUCCAAUAAAGAACUUUUUGGGACUAUGGCGACUAGCUAAAUAUAAGGUUUUUAAAAUAAUAAUUUCGUAUGCUUUUAAUAAAUGGGACACUUUUAAAAUACUUCAUUACACAAGGUAUGCUGUAGUGGUCUUAGCCGUAGUCUAUAGGCGUAGUAUUGUACCUAUUAUUAUCCAGAUUCUCGAGAGUGGGCGAGUAGACUGAAAGGUGGUUGACGUACCUAUGCUUUAUUCUUUAAAAUUAAAAUUACACUUAUUUUCCGGCGGUUGUUUGCAAAAAUCUGAAUUUGAAAUUCGAAAAAAAAUUAUUUCAUUUGGCUCACUUUAAAUAAGAAUCGAUCUCGGAAGGAUAUUGGAAAAAAGGAUCUACUGGAUAUUGUAAAUUUAAAUAAACAUCUUUGUAAGAAAUUUGUUGUCGACGAAAUCGCUUCAAAACGAAAUAUAACAGUAGAAGGCGAACCUUCCGUUACAUCACUGUCAAUUAAAAUCCAUAGAAUUGGUAUAGGCGCAAAAUAAAAGGGUUUGUAACAAGGGAUAACACUUUUGAAAUAAGAAAUAAAAUAAACACAAAAUCUGAAAAGAAGUUCUUAGGAAGCUGUUUUGGUUCAAAUUUACGUUAAUCCAUGAAUUUGUCAGUUUAAUAUCCGCGCAUCAUGUAUUCUGCAACAUUUUAUUUUAUGCACUUGGUACUCCUGAGGCAUAACGCUCUUUGAUUUUCAGUUAUAGGUUAUGUUAGUUGGAGCUUCUAUGUUAAAAGAGAACUGAUAAAAAUGUCAAUGUAAAUAGAAAAAUAUCUUCGAAAAGUGAGAUAAAAAUGGGUUCUGGUAUGUGUAUCAAUAGAUAGCUAGAUUAUAUUUAUUAUCCCCAAUACAUUACAUUAUGUAUCAAGAAUUAACAACACCGAAAAUACAACACUAAAGAGCCGACCUAAUCCAAUCUCACAUUCAUCGAGGUUCGUUUAAAAAUUCAGUUAAUGUAUAAUAUGACUUUUUAAUAAGGAACUAUUUCAGUUUUAGUUCUAGUAUUUCAGGUCCCACAAAGUAAGAUCAAGUCCAAGUAAUUGGUUCAAACAUUUGAUGCCCCUAUUGUUAGAAUUUUGUUGGCAUAUUGAUAAUCUAUAAAAAGGAGAUUCAAUGUCAUUUUUUGUUGGCAUAUCAUAAGUGUGAACCUCAAAUAUCUGUACUAGGAAUUCCCUUUUAUGUGAAUUAUAAGACAAUAUAGAUAAAGUGCUCUCUGCAUGACAAGUUGAUUUAUUUGCUAUGGUUCGGGGUAAUCUUUUCUGCACCAGGAAAACUUGAAGGGCAUUUGACUCUUAUUUUUAGUACAGCGGAUAUAUCAUACUCAAGUUCGAUCUACUUCAUGCGGCCAUGUAAAACAAUAAUCGAUCCGACUUAUUAUUUUAAGAAAAAACGGCUCGCUAGGGUUGUCGACAGUUUCCGCUAUAUUUUUAAAGUAAAUAUAAAACGUAUUUGCAAUAAUAUUAAGGUGGAAAGGGACCCAAACAAGAGAAGGGUAAAGCCUGUCGAACAAGCUUGCGUUUUAGAUUUUGAUGAAGAAAGUAGUGACGAUUCAGAUUUUCGAAUCGAAGACCAUCCCGACGUUAGUGAUGAUGAUGAUGAUUCUCUAGAUAGUCAUGGUGAUGGAAAUGAAAAUGAUAGUGAAGAAAAUGGUGAAGAAUCUGAUGGAUCAGACUUAGAAGCUUUAAGAGGCUUAAGUCUUCCUAAUACAAAUGGGAUUUCUUCUAUUGCUGAUGUUAUUGAACAAGCAACUAUUCAGUCAAGGCUUAAUCUCACUGAAAAGGAUGCUCAAGUUUUAAUUUGCUGUGGUUGUUUGGGUGACCAAAGUGAUGGUAUAAAUGAAAUUGUUGAAUGUGAUAGCUGUGGAGUCACUGUCCAUGAAGCAUGCUACGGUGUUUCUGAUUCAGCUAGUUUGACAAGUACGGACUCUCUCUCUCCUACAGCCCCAUGGUUUUGUGAAGCAUGUAGAGCUGGUGUCAUGGAACCUAUCUGUGAAUUGUGUCCAAAUUCUGGGGGCAUUUUUAAAGAAACUGAUGUUGGAAAAUGGGUUCAUUUAAUUUGUGCAUUGUAUGUUCCAGGUGUGGCAUUUGGAGAAGUAGAUAAACUAACUAGUGUUACACUGUUUGAGAUGCCAUAUAGCAAAUGGGGUGCAAAAAGUUGUAGCUUGUGCACAGAUGAUCGUUUUGCUAGAACAGGUGUGUGCAUAGGUUGUGAUGCAGGAAUGUGUAGAACUUAUUUUCAUGUUACAUGUGCUCAGAGGGAAGGAUUCUUAUCAGAAGCCCAUUCAGAAGAAGUUGACCAAGCAGACCCAUUUUAUGCGCAUUGUAAGCUCCAUUCUGAUAAAACUCUUGUGAAAAGAAGAAAAAGAAACUAUUUGGCGCUACAGCUUCGAACCCACUAUAGGAAAAUCCUUUUUGAGAGUGAGGGUCACAUGGACACUCCAGAACAAGUUAGAAUUCAAAGGAAAUUAGUAAAACAGAAAGUGCAUUAUUUGGAACACAAAAAACAGAAGCAACCACCAUGGGUACCCACCCAGAAGAUGCCGAGACUAAUAACGACCAGUGCAUCUGCAGUGCGUAAACUGUUACGCAAAGCAGAAUUAAUGGGCAUUAAUACCAUUGCAUUGGAAAUGCAAGAAGCGCAAACCACUGCUCUAGUAGAUGUUCGGAAGAAAUGGCACAUUCCUCCUGCUUUCACAGUUGAAUUUAUUGCUUACUAUUUAGACAGAAACGAUCGUCUCAAGGAUAUGAAAAAAUCAUUGGAAACUCUAGUGGAAGACAACAAGCUUUUGUUAGACGAACAGCAAGAAUUGAGAGGAAAAUAUGAUAAUGUCUUGAAGAAAAGCAGUGAAGUAUCCACCAAAAAUAUAGAUCUUAAAACAACAAUUCAUAAGUACCAUUCUGCAAUUCUGAGUGCAUGUCCUACAAAAAAUCUUCCGGACAUAAAUGACUUGGGAAAACCAUCAGUAGCUAGGGCCCCUCAGCCCAUGAUGGUGCCUACAGCUGCUGCUCUAAAGAUGGGAGUUGGAUUUCCGCUUAAAAAUAUUCCAGGCGGUCGGACUGAGAGAAUUUUGAGUAGUCAUGCUAAGCAGCAAGGUAUACUAAGCCGCCACACAAAUAUGCCAUUAAAAAUAAAAUUGAUUUUAGACCCAUUGAUGUUGAAUGAAUGUGGAAUAUGUCGUCAGCGUCAUGAUCAGCAUAUGUUGGCAAAAUGUGACACAUGCCACCUUUAUUAUCACAUGAACUGUCUAAAUCCCCCUCUUUCACGGUUGCCGAAAAAAUCGAAACUUUAUGGGUGGCAAUGUUCAGAAUGUGACAAAAGUUCAGACUCUGAAAUAGAGGAAGUCAAAACCCCUAGAAGGAGCCGUAGUCGGUAUAGCCGCGAACAUGCUUCUGAUCCGGAAACCCCUUCAGCUCCGAAAUUAAAAAUUAAACCAUUGGAAUUGCAACAACUCGUUAUGGAAGCUAGUCCUCCUCGUAAGCUGAAAAAAGAGCAAAGGAUCUCUUUGCAUAGUGACUUAAGUUCACCUGAAAAAGGAACACAUGCUUUGCGGCAACAACCAGCUUCCUCCGAUGGAGAUAUUCAUGUUGUCUUGGAAAACGAUUUCACAGAGAGUCAUAAGUCGGCCAAAAAAAGAAGACGGGAAAAACAUAGAAAUAGAUAUAGCCCUGAAUUGGGAGGAAUGGGCAAAGAACAUAAACGAAAAAGGAAGAAGAAAAGUUUGGACAUGGAAGAAGCGCUGCCUCAUCCCCGGAUCACCAUAAAGAUAAAACCCAUACCAUUACCAGCUGGCGAAGUAGCUUCUGAAUCUAACCCUCAAUGCUUUUAUGUGCCAAAUGAAGCUGAUGAUAAUGCACCUCCUCCGCCACCGCCAAAAAUUAUUCCUGCCGUAACUACUCACAGUUCAAAUGUAAACGCCGAACUGCGCAAGACCAGAAAAAGCCGAAGCCCUCGCUUAUCUUCAGAAGUUAGCGUUAUACCGAUAAUCAGAAAAGAUUCCGGUCUGCCAAAUGUAAAGACUAAUAGAAAUAUGGCGUUAAAUUCUUGCGACGUGUGUCGGGAAAAUGGAUCUAAUGCAGAUUCUGUCAAGUGCGACGAAUGCCAGAAACUGUAUCAUUUUUCAUGUCUGGAUCCACCUUUAAAGAAGACUCCAAAAAGAAGAGGUUAUUCAUGGCAUUGUGCAGACUGCGAUCCAACUGCGUCAGAAUGAUUGCCAUCAUGGAUAACUUCUCAUGUUUAAUAAGAAUUCAGUGAAUUAUUUGUAAUUCUAAAAUAAAUGUUUCUUAACA